AGGGAAGUCCGUCGUCCUAGCCUCGAGCCCGCCCGCGGCAGGGGAACCGAGAGCGCAGACAGAGAAAUACUUUCCCGAUACGUCGUUUUGGGCUCCGUAGGCUGAAAAGGGGAGCGAAACAGAAGGGAGAACCGUAGAAGAGGCUGCGCGCGGCCCGAGCCGCCUGCGUGCGUCCGUGCGCGCUCGCUCGCGCGGGCUCAGUACUGGCGCGUGAAGCGGAGGCGGGCGGCGGCGGCGGCGCCUGCGCGGUCGGGCUCGGUCGUCGGUUCGCAGGGGAGGAGGCAAGCGGGAGGCGGAGGAGGCGGCGGCGGCGAUGGAGGUGAAGCGGCUGAAAGUGACCGAGCUGCGGUCGGAGCUGCAGCGGCGGGGCCUGGACUCGCGCGGCCUCAAGGUGGAUCUGGCGCAGCGGCUGCAGGAGGCGCUGGACGCCGAGAUGCUCGAGGACGAGGCUGGUGGUGGCGGGGCCGUGCCCGGCGGGGCCUGCAAGGCGGAGCCUCGGCCUGUGGACGCGUCGGGCGGCGGCCCGGGCGGGGACGAGGAGGAGGACGAAGAGGAGGAGGAGGACGAGGAGGCGCUGCUUGAGGACGAGGACGAAGAGCCACCCCCUACCCAGGCCUCGGACCAGGCCGCGCAGCCGCCACCGGAGCCCCCGGAGGCGGCAGCCGUGGAGGCCGCGGCCGAGCCUGAUGCUUCCGAGAGGCCGGCCGAGGAGGAGGCCACGGCCGAGUCAGAGUCAGGUGGGGUAAAUGGUGGCGAAGAGCAGGGCACCGACAAGGGGGAGGAAGAAGAGCCAGAGGAGCGGAGCGGGGACGAGACGCCGGAAUCCGAGGCGCCGGGUGACAAGGCCGCAGAGGAACAGGGUGAGGAGCUGGCGGCGGAGACCGACUCCAACCUGCCGGGAGAUGACCAAGAUAGUGAAAAGUCAAAACCAGCAGGCUCAGAUGGUGAGCGGCGGGGGGUAAAGAGACAGCGGGAUGAGAAGGAUGAACAUGGCCGAGCUUACUAUGAAUUCCGAGAGGAGGCUUACCACAGCCGCUCCAAGUCUCCACCGCCCCCUGAAGAAGAGGCAAAAGAUGAGGAGGAGGAUCAGACACUUGUGAACCUGGACACGUAUACCUCAGAUCUCCAUUUUCAAGUGAGCAAAGACCGAUACGGAGGGCAGCCCCUCUUCUCGGAGAAGUUCCCCACGCUCUGGUCUGGGGCAAGGAGUACUUAUGGAGUGACCAAGGGGAAAGUCUGCUUUGAAGCCAAGGUAACCCAGAAUCUCCCAAUGAAAGAAGGCUGCACAGAGGUCUCUCUCCUUCGAGUUGGGUGGUCUGUUGAUUUUUCCCACCCACAGCUUGGUGAGGAUGAAUUCUCUUAUGGUUUCGAUGGACGAGGACUCAAGGCAGAGAAUGGGCAAUUUGAGGAAUUUGGCCAGACUUUUGGGGAGAACGAUGUCAUUGGCUGCUUUGCUAAUUUUGAGACUGAAGAAGUAGAACUUUCCUUUUCUAAGAAUGGAGAAGACCUCGGUGUGGCAUUCCGGAUCAACAAGGAAUCCCUGGCAGACCGGGCCCUCCUACCCCAUGUCCUCUGCAAAAAUUGUGUUGUAGAAUUAAAUUUUGGUCAGAAGGAGGAGCCCUUCUUCCCACCACCAGAAGAGUUUGUGUUCAUCCACGCCGUGCCUGUGGAGGAGCGUGUGCGCACCGCGGUCCCUCCCAAGACCAUGGAGGAGUGCGAGGUGAUUCUGAUGGUGGGACUACCUGGGUCUGGGAAGACCCAGUGGGCGCUGAAAUACUCAAAAGAAAACCCUGAGAAAAGAUACAAUGUCCUGGGAGCCGAGACUGUCCUCAAUCAAAUGAGGAUGAAGGGGCUUGAGGAGCCAGAAAUGGACCCAAAAAGCCGAGACCUUUUAGUGCAGCAAGCCUCCCAGUGCCUUAGUAAACUGGUCCAGAUUGCUUCCCGGACAAAGAGGAACUUCAUUCUCGAUCAGUGUAACGUGUACAACUCUGGCCAGCGGCGGAAACUGUUGCUGUUCAAGACCUUCUCUCGGAAGGUGGUGGUGGUGGUCCCCACGGAGGAAGACUGGAAGAAGAGGCUGGAGUUGAGGAAGGAGGUGGAGGGCGACGAUGUGCCUGAGUCCAUCAUGCUGGAGAUGAAAGCCAACUUCUCUCUGCCUGAGAAAUGCGAUUACAUGGACGAGGUGACAUACGGGGAGCUGGAGAAGGAAGAAGCUCAGCCUCUGGUCACCAAGUACAAGGAGGAGGCGAGGAAGCUCCUGCCCCCCUCUGAGAAACGGACAAACCGCCGCAACAAUCGAAACAAGCGCAACCGGCAGAACCGGAGCCGAGGCCAAGGCUACGUGGGCGGGCAGCGCCGAGGCUACGACAACCGGGCCUACGGGCAGCAGUACUGGGGGCAGUCUGGAAACAGAGGGGGCUACCGUAAUUUCUACGACCGAUACCGGGGAGACUACGACCGCUUCUACAGCCGAGACUACGAGUACAACAGAUACAGAGACUAUUACAGACAGUACAAUCGGGAUUGGCAGAAUUACUACUACCACCACCCCCAGGACAGAGACCGAUACUACAGGAACUACUACGGUUACCAAGGGUAUCGGUGAAGCCCCUGCCCUUGUCACCUGUCAGCCAUGAAGCUGAAUCUCUGGGGGUGCCAGGCACCCCCCCCCCCAAAAACACAACCAAGGAAAACAGGGGCUCUCGGGGUGGGGCUGAGCUGCCGGGGAGGGGCGGUGGGAGGGAGGGUGCGCAAGCAGGGGUGGGGGUGGGGGGAGGUGGAAACAAACGACAAAACUGUACAUUUUUUUUAAAGUUUGUUGAAAAGAAUAUUGUCUUAUUCUAUAAAACAUUUCAAACCUAGUUAGAUAUUUGUAAUCAAAAAACAUUUGCUCGGAGAGCAGCACUUAGGGCUGCCUGUCCUGUACCCUGCAGCUGGACAGGGACAGCACUGAAAAUGUCACCCCUCUGACAUUGCACGGCAGCUGGCCUGGCAGCCACGCAGGGAGAGCAGAGCGAUGAGGCGCGUGGAGAGGGCGGGCAGGCGUGCGCGGGCACUCUCCACAGCAGGCAGGAGUGGGGGCAGAGGGAGAGCUUGUGACUGGGGCAGUGAAAAUAAACGAUUGGCUCUUAUCAAUCACUUGCACCACUAACCGUUUGUACUUUUUUUUUUACCGACCUUUCCCUCUUGGGAUAUCUGGUCUGGUGGGCUGGGAGGCCAGUGGCGUUGUCUCCACUCUCCCGUGCCUUCGUGCUGUUUGGCUGAGGCCUGGAGACUGCCGAGCGGACGGUUGUGUUACGUAGGGUCCCCAGGCUGAGGAGGCAGGGCCGUGCCCGUCUGCAGAGCAGGGCAGAGCAGCGUGCACGCCCCGUGUGCCCGUUCACGGGUUCCCACCGAGACCUAGGGGAGAGUGGGGUUGCAGGCCGCAGCCUGAAGAUGGUGAUCGCCAGUCUGUCCUCUCUGUCUUCCAAGGUUGAGGGAGUGGAGUCUCUGAAAUCAUCUCUGUUAAGAGUAUCUGUCCUCUUCUGGUGCGAGGGAAGGAACGUUUCUCAGGGUUUCAGCUCACACGGAAAGGGAGCAGGAUUCUUUCCAUGGCAGCAGGAUUGUGUACAUAGGUGAAUCCUGUGGUGUGGGCUACCAGGCCCAGGUGCUGAGAAUAGCAACUAUUUUAUACAGUGUGGAGGGCGCGAGCCCUGCUGGUCUUUUUGAUACACAGGUAGAAAGUGAAUAGAAGGGGGUGGGGUGGGGGGUGGGAGGCAGCUCAACGGGGCUGCUGCAACUUGGGAAGAGUGAGUGUGUGUAUAAUGUGUGCAUGAAAGGGGGCACCCCUUCCCGACAUCUUGAAACAGGAUUCCUCCGGGGGUGCUCGCCCUGCACUGUCCCUGAGAGGCCUCCAGCCAGGAGACUUCCGUCGGGAUGGUCUUUGUAACUUUACCAACGCCCUCCCAGUUCUUGACUGGCAGCUUCAGGCGGCUGGAUUCAAGGAUAGAGGUGGGAUAUGGGAAUGUUCUUUCAAUACUUAGCUUCAGUUUUCACUCACCUUCCCGCUAAGCAUUGAGUCAGCCAAGGGCUCACGCAGCAAAUACCACAUACCGCAGUGCUUCCUAGUGAGGGCCGGCCCUGGGUUGUGCUACUAGAAUAUGCUUCGCUUCCAUUUCCCCACCUGGGCAGUUCUCUGUUGAAAAAUUCUGUGCUGAGAUUGGAUCUUUCUCUCCCUCUCCCGCUGUGACUGCCACGCAGCCCUUCCCCGGGCCGGCAGGCCCUCGCUCUGGCCCUCCCUCUAGUUUCCUCUGUUUGUGACACACCCGUGCCCCACAAGUGCCUCCCACUCCGAGGCCGGAGCCGGGGGGCUGAUAGGAAAUACGUUUGCUUGCUCAUAACGACGUCUCCCUGGGCACCUGCGUUCCUGCGGUGCCGUCCAGUGGAUUUGUGUGUGGCAGUGGGUGGCGUGAUUGCAUGAACUUUUCUGUAACCCACUAACUUUUUAUUAUUCUUAAGGGAGUUUUUGAGAAGCUUCGCUGAUAGUAUCAGGGCGAGGAGAUCAAAACUGGAGCCCAAAGAAAUUCCCUUCGGGCAAGAUCACGUUGUAAUAGAAAAUUGGAUCUGAGGCCCGUUCAGGUGUUUCGUCCUCCAGCACACGGAGCCUCCCGCCGUGGUCUGUGACCCGGUCCGAGGGUGCUGGGCCCCUGAGCUGCUUUGCGUGUCUUGGGGGGAGGAGGGUUAGGGGAGGUACUUGCUGUUAAAUUUUGGACACUAGAAAGUCAUCUUUUUUUCAACAACAACCAAAAAACUUUUUCUGGGUGGGUGGAAAGAAACUGCCACGUCCUUGGUGGCGGAGUCCAAGAGAUCCUCGCAACAAUGCACAUGUCUGGGCUUUUGUUUCUGUCUUUUUAUUAUUAAAAAAAAAAAACAUGUCAAGGGGACAAAUGUGGAUUAACAGGAGGGACCCCUAGCCUUGUUUCCCUUAGGAGACGUGUUCCGUGUUUCAUCAGACGUCUGUUGUCGUUGUUGUAGACGGAAACGCUUGUGAGAAGAACCAACAUCACAUGGAGCCUGUACAUGUUUUUGCACAACCUGUAAAGCAUUCUUGGAAGUGGCCAGUAAAAAAAGGGUUUUACCAUUUUUAAAAAAAAAAUGUAACUGUGUCAUUGUUUACAUCUGUAACUUUUUCCUCCCAUGUUCUCAUGACAACAUUCUGGCGACUAUGUAGGCACAGUAGCUUCCAGUUUUAGAAUAAAUAACCAUUUGGAUUGAA